AUGCCUUCAAUCCGCCUCUUCCCCCGGUCCUCAAGCCUCCGCGCAAUCCGCACAGCAGCCCUCACAAAACCAGCAGCAGCAGCACCGCGACCAUCAACGCGACCGUCACAAUCACCCCUCGCCGCCGCCGCCGCCGCGGCGCGCCCCUACUCCUCAGCUUUCCAGCAGGGCCCCUCGCCACCACGCCUGCCGGCAGAGCAGCAGGCCGAGUUCGAGCGGCUGCAGCGCGCCGUGGCGGACCGGCUCGCGGACCCGACGCCGCUGCCGCACGAGCUGCCGCAGACGUCGCCCGCCUCGACGCCCGGCGGGGGCGGGGCCGAAGCAGCAGCAGCUACAGCAACAUCAACAACAACAUCAUCAUCAUCAUCAACACCACCGCCUCCGCGCGCCGAGGAGCCCACCACCGGCGGCGUGUGGCGCGGCGCGCCCCCCGAGUUCGACGGCGACAGGAACCCAAAGACUGGCGAGGUCGGCGGGCCCAAGACGGAGCCGCUGCGGUGGGGCAGCGCCGGCGACUGGAGCUACAACGGACGCGUGACGGACUUCUGA